UAUUGCUCCCUGCUUCUGCUUCACAGCUCAGACACACACAAGGCAGCUAAGGCUGUGCUGCAAAGAAAAAAUUAGCUUAGGAAACAAAAGUUCCAAUGGGAAAGCUCGGAUUUCUUUUCCCAUCUUUGCUGCUCAUCGGCUUUUUGGCAUUAGACACAACAUGUUACUUUGCAGACAGUCAGGGAAUACAGCAGCCAUUCAGUAAGGCCAUUCUGGAGAUGUUACAUAUAAAUACACUUACACUGCCGCAACGUACCAAGCUUCACCCCUACUUGAGAAAAAUCUAUCAGCGACUCAGUUCAUCGGACGCUAAAGAUUCCACUGAAACUGAGGGAAUUCUAGUUCAAAGUUUCAGGAGUAUCCGAGUUCCUGAAUAUGACAACCCUGGAUGGUUAUGGUUUAACAUUUCCAGCCUCAAGCCCUCCAUGUUGGCAGCAGAGCUGGUGUUACUGCGGAGAACCCUGCACCCCAAGGCACUGACAAUCAAUGUAACAAUACACACAAUUAGCUUGGAAGGGAACAACCUGUCUAUCAGUGAUCCACUAGACAGAAAGAUAUUGAAUCUGAGCAAGCUGCCAUCUUCUGGCUAUGAUACCUUCAACGUUUCCAUCAUCCUGAGACUGUGGAGGGUGAACGUGAUAGGAUUCCAGUUCCAGUUCACCGAUGACAGCGGCAGUCUGGUCCUGCAUGAUGCCCUCACUCAGAGUCUCUACUGUCUCAACACCAGUUCUCAAGAUGAACCGCUUCUCAUCACCUAUCGGUUUGUGCUAUCAGAGAAGAGCAAGACAGCCAGAUUACGUAGCAGUAGGAAUAGUCAGCGAUUCGCUGGUGGAUUGAGAGUGAGGCAUCUUCCUCACAGAGAUAUCCCCGAAGAAUGCAGCCUGCACCGGUGGUUCGUGAGCUUACGGUCUUCAGAGUUAAAUCACUGGAUCCUGGAACCGCAGGGUUACUACGCUAACUUCUGUAGAGGUCGUUGCUUCAGUGCUCUCUCUGACCAGGAGAAAACAGUACCAACCAUCUCUGCAUGGGACAGAGCAGCUGAAAACACAAACAAAUCACAAAGAUCGUACUGCAAUCCCCAGAGAUAUUCCUCAAUCAAAAUUAUGUAUUUAACAGCGAAUGGGAAUAUUUUAAUUGAGAAUUUGAAGAUGAGUAUUGAAAGUUGUGCAUGCAUGUAGACUUCUUUAUGCUGCAUGUGUGUGUGGUAUAUAAUUUUUUUCCCUAUGUCAUCUAAACUCAAUGUAUUCACUUUCGAGAAGACAAUUAGAAUACAAUAAGAACAUUGGAAUAAUAUGUUAGAAAGGGCCGGGUGUUAUUUACUAUUUGCAAUUCACAUUUGUAGAGUAAUUGACAAAAGGAGGACAAAUUAAACUGUCAUCAAACAGGAGCUGAAGACGUCUUUGUUGCAAUAUUUCAUAAAUGUUAUGAAUGUAUCAAGUUUUUAUUGUAUUUUUAAUUGUGUUUGAUUUGUCCUUUCUCAUUAACUUAACAGUUCUCCCUCCCUACAAUCUAGACUUUCAAAACAAAGAUGUCUUACAUAUUUUGUGUGCAUGUGUAUUGAAUCAACAAUCUAAUUUUAAGGUUGUGCAUACGUUAAAACUUUGGUGAGCUUUAUAAUCCAAGUUCUUUUUAAGGCCAUGCUCAAUCUUAGUAACAGAACAAUCAUGAUUUAAAGUAAAAUUUAUUGAACUCAUUAAGACUUCCCCUUGUGCUAAUUACAAACAAUACAAAUGUUAUCUGUAAUAUGCAAUAAGGCAAAGUAAUGCAUAUGAUUCAAUAAAAAUAAUAUCUUAUUUUAUAAA